AGAUAUACAUGAUUUUCCUACUAUCUACUGGAAAUGGAAGUAAGCAGCUCACACUCACUCACAUACAAUAUAGAUAGCAAAUGUAGCACUGAACAGAGGAAUGGAAACAAAUCAAACAUUGAAAUAAAAGCCACUCACUCUCUCAAGAUCAUUUAGCUCCAUUUUUCAGAUUAUGAAGAGUGUAAUGGCCAAAAAAUAUGAGGGUCCUGCAAUUGGAAUUGAUUUAGGCACUUCCUACUCAUGUGUUGCUAUAUGGCAAGAACAGAACAAUCGAGCUGAGAUCAUUCCAAAUGAACAAGGAAACAGAACCACUCCUUCCUUGGUUGCUUUCACUGAUACACAAAAGUUGAUUGGUGAUGCUGCCAAAAAUCAGGCUGCAACAAACCCAUCAAACACUGUCUUUGAUGCAAAGAGGUUGAUCGGUAGGAAAUACAGUGAUUCCGUUGUUCAGGAUGAUGUUAAGCUCUGGCCUUUUCAGGUCAUUGCUGGUACUGAUGACAAACCCACUUUUGUUGUUAAGUACAAGGGUGAAGUGAUGCAGCUUGUUCCUGAGGAAAUAUCAUCCAUGGUUCUCACAAAGAUGAAAGAGAUUGCUGAGGCAUUUUUGGGGUCACCAGUGAAAAAGGUUAUCACUGUGCCUGCUUAUUUCAAUGACUCUCAGCGAAAAUCCACCAAAGAUGCCGGUGCAAUUGCUGGUCUUGAUGUUAUACGGAUAAUCAAUGAACCAACUGCUGCAGGUCUCGCAUAUGGCAUACAAAAGAAAUCUACUUUUGAUGUUAAGCACAAUGUUUUCAUCUUUGAUCUUGGUGGCGGCACUUUUGAUGUGUCUAUCCUCACAAUUGAGGAUGAUAGCUUUGAAGUGAAGGCCACUACUGGUGAUACUCACCUUGGAGGAGAGAACUUCAAUAACAGAAUGGUCGACCAUUUUGUUAAGGAGUUCAAGAGGAAGCACAAGAAGGACAUUAGUGGUAACCCAAGGGCCUUAAGGAGGCUGAGAAGUGCGUGUGAGAAGGCAAAGAGGACACUCUCAUUCGCAGUAGAUACCACCAUUGAGGUAGAUGCUUUAUUUGAGAGAACUGACUUGUAUUCAACAAUUACUCGCACCAGGUUUGAGGAACUGAACAAUGAUCUCUUUAUGAAGUGUAUGGAGACAGUUGAGAGGUGUCUUGAAGACUCUAAGAUGGACAAGAGUGACAUAGAUGAUGUUGUUCUUGUUGGUGGUUCUUCUAGGAUUCCCAAAGUACAGCAGCUAUUGCAGGAUUUUUUCAAAGGGAAGGAACUAUGCAAGGGCAUCAAUCCUGAUGAGGCUGUUGCUUAUGGUGCAGCUGUGCAAGCUGCUUUGUUGGGUGAAGAAGGCAUUAAGAAUGUUCCAAACUUGGUGUUGAUGGAUGUUACGCCCCUGUCUUUAGGGAUGGGGGUAAGAAGAGAUCUCAUGUAUGUAAUGAUUCCAAGGAAUACCACUAUCCCGACAAAGAAGAAACAAAUAUGCAAAACAACUAAAGAUAACCAACGCAAAGUCUCGAUUAAGGUUUAUGAGGGUGAGAGAGUUAGAGCCAGUGGUAACAAUUUGUUAGGCUCUUUUAUUCUUUCUGGCCCACCUUCUGCUCCUCGCGGCCAUCCUUACAAUGUAUGCUUUUCCAUAGAUGAAAAUGGCAUUCUAACUGUUUCAGCUGAGGAAAGAACCACUGGUAAUAAGAAUGAGAUUACCAUUACCAGUGAAACACACAGGCUGUCAGCUAAAGAAAUCAGAAGAGUGAUUAAAGAAGCGGUGAAUUAUGAGGUUGAUGAUAUGAUGUUCAAGAACAAGAGGAAAGCGAUGAAUGCUCUUGAUGAUUACCUUUACAAUAUGAACAAACUUAUGAAGGAUACGUGUGUCAGUUCUAAGCUUCCUCCAAAGGUCCAAGUUAAGAUCAAUUCAGCUAUAGUAAAGGGCAAAAAUUUGCUUGAUGGUGGCAAGGAGCAAGAGGCGUUUGUGUUUGUUGACUUAUUAAGGGAGCUUAAGAGCAUAUUUGAACCUGCAAUGGCCAAUAUCAACAAUGGUUGGACUCAUGAGGACAGUGAUCAGGAUUAUGGUAGCACUUCUGGGUUGGUCCAAUCAGUUGCUGCUUGGAUUAGGCGCAAGUUGAAGAAGCUUAAUAUAUCUGUUUGAUGUUUUUAGUUAACAUUCCAGAAUAUUCCACUUAAUAGGAUCAAGCCACCUCUAGGGCUAUAUCCUUAGUUUGAGGAAUAAUUUCUGUUGGAAUAAAGUCCUAGCAUUUGGUAGAUUUGUUUACAAAACGACUACCAAUUGAUAGGUUAGAGUCACUAAGUACAGUUAGUGAGUACAGAUGUACAGUUAAUUAUAUACUUCAAGGCUGCUACUAAGUACAGUUUGUUAAGUUUUAAAUUUUAUUUUCCUGAAUUAUAAUGGCUUAAAUCAUAAAAAAUAAUGGGUUGGUUGCUUAAUCUUGGAGACAAUGGUUUAGUGGCCUAAAUC